UCUUCUCAUUCAUCAUCCUGCAGCCUGUCAGCAUCACCCUGUCUCUGCGACCGCAACGCACUUCUUUUACUCGUCCUUUUCCCUCCAUGAUUGCCUGUGUGUCCUGUUGCUCGACCAUCGCUUCGGAGGUCGUGGGUUGACGCAGCUCUUUUCCUAUUUACCUACCUACUUUACCUCUUUCUCUCUGACUACGACUACUUCAAUCUCCACUCCCCCGGCGACCUAUUUGACUUGUCUUCGGAUUCCCUCCGUCGCGCUUCCGACCGGUUUCUUCUUAUCAGUCCCUCCUCCCGCCGAUUUCUUUAUUUCCUCCCCAAACCGGAAUCAACAUCACUCUUUGUAUCCCACCCUACAAUUGUCGGCUUGUUGUACCCGGCCUGAAAUGGUUCACUCUACGAGCGAGGAACGCGCUGUACAUUUGACACGGGAGGCUGUUGAGUUAAUUGAUGCUGGGCAUCGUGAGGCCGCCUCACGAAACCUCCGAGAAGCCCUCUCCUUGGCUCCAGAGCAUCCGGCAGUCAAGGAAGCUUUUGUUAAGAUUCAGCAGGAAGAGGAAAAUGGCCAUCACCUGCUAGACCUCUGUCGACGCUAUACCGGUGGCAAGGACGAGCCCGCGGGCAAAGACGCCGCUCUCUAUCUCCGUACCGACGGACUCAAGCCUCCCGAGGAGGUUGCAUUGGAAUGUGUCAAGCUCCUGCUGGCGCAAAGGCCCCAUGCCUUGUCGUCGCUGCAGGAUGACAUUAUCUCGGGACUGGUUCGCCAGAACACCAGCGUGCGACGCUACUUCUCAGAGCAGCUCCAGGUGUCGGUGACCACGUUCUUCGAUGAGAUCUAUGAAAGAGGCGACGGGGCUGCCGUAUGCCUCGACACCGUUGUCUUGGACCCCACUGUAUGGCCGUCCGAAGAUGCUCGUCUACACUGUGAGCGCGAGCUUUUCUUGCUUUUCAUUGCCAAGCUCAUGGAGUCGGGCCACGACAUGGACGGUCGCUCUCUCAAAGGAAUUGCACGUUUGCUUGCCGUCGAUGCGGCGAAGCUGCAAGAAUUGGUUGACGAUGAAGGACUGGACGUGAUCCUGUCCUCUCUGGACAGCCGGCUUCCCCUCGAGUGGAGAAGUCAGGCGACCCUAGCAACCGUCAAGUACCUCGAAAUAUCCAAGCAAGUUGGCGAAGAGAGGUUCUCUCGGCUCGUAACUGCCAAGGUCGUCAAGGGUCGCAGCGAUGAUCUCAUCGAGGCAUUCUCGGCCACGGCUGCAGUCUUCCCCGUGAUACCAGAAGUCGCGGCCAACCUCUUCCUGUCGGAGAGCUACUUGGCCGCUUUGGCGCCUUUGACCUCCCGAGACGCGAAGAGCCGCAAGGUUGAGCCCCAUUUUCUGGAAUUGUUGAAUGCUGCGUGCAUGAACAAGGCCUGUCGGGAAGCCAUUUCAAAGCAUCUUUCGACCUGGCUUUCCCAUCUUCUCACCAAUGGCUGCGACGAGAGCUCCGAGAUGGCCGCAGUCAUUCUGGCCAAGGUCCGUACUGCUGCCCAAGUUGGUUCUUCCGACUCCAACGGCAAAGUAGAGGAAGAAAACAGCCGGGUCACCGAGCUCGUCGAUCGCUUCAAGGACUUGAUGUCGAAGCGUAAGACUGAGAACCUGUCCAACGUGAUCGAGGGCUUGGCCUACGCAUCAGUAAAGUCCACUGUCAAGGAACAGCUCGCUACAGAUGUGGCAUUCCUACAGGAUCUCGUCAAGAUUCUGCGCGAAAACUGCGCCGAUUCGUCAGUGCUGUACGGUGGUCUCAUGAUCAUUGUGAACCUCACACAGUUCCCACCCACUUUGACAGAAGAGCAGAAGAAAAUGUCCCAACUCAAGUCUUAUGCCGAGGCCUCUCCUAGCGGAGCCCGAGCCAAGCCAGACCCCCUUGAUGACGAGCAACAUGUCAUCGCACGUUGCAAUGCGCUUAUCAAGGCUGGUGUCAUGCCUCUACUGGUAGAUUGCGGCAAGACGAAUCUCUCCUCGGUGCAAGGUCUCAUGGGCAAGAUCGUCCUUGCCCUGUCAUGGGACCGAAAGUCUCGGGGAACCUUGGCACAGCAAGGUGCUGUCAAAUUCUUGCUCGUUAUGGCAGCCGCAAAGCAGGGGGCCCCGGGGACAAACGCCACCGAAGCGGUACAGAAUGCGUCGCAAGCACUUGCACGAAUUCUAAUUUCCGUCAACCCGGUCCACGUGUUCCCGUCUUCUGGCUUCCCCCAGAUCACAUCCGCUAUCCGGCCUCUGACCGCGCUUCUGGUAAGCCCGGAGACGACUAGCAUGACGGCGGAACAACCGCGGAAUCUUUUACCGGUCUUUGAGAGUCUACUUGCUCUAACGAACCUGGCCUCUCACCCGGAUGAGACUGCUCCUGAAGCUAUCGUCCGUCAAGCCUGGCCCGUAGUAGAGGACCUCUUGCUCUCCAGUAGUCCUAUGGUUCAGCGAGCUGCCUGCGAACUGAUCUGCAAUUUGAUGACUUGCGAGUCCGGUAUCGUCAAAUAUGCCGAUGGGUCGAAGCGCGCUGCGCAACGGCUGCAUGUGCUGUUGGCUCUCACCGACACGGACGAUAUGGCAACCCGGAGCGCUGCUGGUGGAGCUCUUGCGAUGCUGACCGAAUUCGAAGCAGCCAUUGCUGGUAUCCUGGAACGGCCUCGGGGUGUCCCGUUACUGUUGGCCAUGUGCCAGGAAGAAGAUGAGGGUUUAGUGCACCGCGGUGUAGCCUGUGUGCGGAACAUGACCUGCCUCGCCACGGGGGAUAUUGGCCGGCGGGCCAAGGAAGCCAUCAAGGCAAACGGAGGAGUUAAUAUACUGAGCAGUGUGCUGAAGAAGACGAAGAACCCCGCGGUACUUCAAGUCGGGGUCGAAGCCUUGAAGCCAUUGGUCGAAUAGAUAGCCGACAACCGAGCGGCGUGCUUUGCUGGGGUAUCUUCCGGCGGUUAAUACAUUUUUCUUGUUCCUUUUGGGUGAUUUGGAUUUGAUUGUGAUAGCGGUCAUGUCGAUUUUGCAAGUUCAUGGGCUGGGUCUCUGGUUUUAUUGGUGUUCUCUCACAUUCAAUGUUGUUUUUAUGAAGAUUUCCCUAUGGCGUUGGUAGUUUACUUGCCCGGUGUUGUGUUCUUCCUUCUCACGUCACGUUUUGUGACCGAUGUCAAUUUGUCUAUAAAUCUGGGUUGUUUCUGAGCGUGGGAAUGGUGUCCGGGUCAGUGUCGACAAGAAUUUCAUGCGAUAUGAGGGAUUAUCAAGUGGGAUUCCCUUUUCUGACAGCGCGAUAGACCCGGUCGACAGGAUCGUUGCCGUGUCUGAUUUACCCAAGUAACUAUCUACUCGUUCUAGCUGAAUGAUACUCACGAUGCAA